AUGCAUCGAAACCCCACAGCGUCCUUAUGCUGUCGAGCAAAAGCGAUCAUAGAAGCCAUAUUCUACUUUACUUUCGUCUCUGCGGAAAAAACACUACCCUGGAACCACCCACAGCCUGAUCCCACCCACAACCCACCACGCCGCUUUGCACCAGGCUACAGCCUCGAACAAGUCGUCCAAAACCCAGAACCCUUCAUCCAAGAUGUCCUCUUUUGGGAGGGGAAAUUCGUGCAGCCGGGGAUUGGAUACAACGGCGCCAACGGCCUGACCUACUCCGGCACACUCACCAACCAACCCACAGGCCUCGCCCUCCCAAACGCCUCCAGAAGCCACAGCUCCAGCGCCGCAAGCAGAGGAAUCCCUCCACAUCAUGCUCCUCGCACAAGCCCUCUCAACCUCCCCCUCCGCCACACGAGUCCCCUCCCCUUCAAACCCCUCUCAAGCCCCAGACGUAGCCUUCAACCUCCUUUGCAGAAACUCCAACCCUACCUCGACUUCAACAGGACGUAUCCUAGCUUCGAAGGGUUCUUGUCUUGGUCCAACAACACCCACGCGAAGAUCGCGCCGACGGACGAUUGGGUGAAUCGCCUCCCAGCCCUCGACAACGGCGAACUCGUCUGA